AUGGCUCGCAGAUUAUCUUGCGCCAAAGUGUUAGGGUUCAUUCGGACCCUGACCCACAAGAAGCCUCUGGAGCCAGAGGGGGGCGACUCCAGCUUCUGCCGAUGCCUGACCACCUUGGACCUGGUGGGUCUGGGUGUCGGGAGCACGCUGGGAGCCGGUGUUUAUGUGCUGUCGGGAGAGGUGGCCAGGGAAGUGGCCGGCCCCAGCAUCAUCAUCUCCUUCCUGGUGGCAGCGGUGGCUUCGGCCUUUGCAGGUCUGUGCUACGCAGAAUUUGGAGCCCGUGUCCCCAAGACGGGCUCAGCUUACCUCUACAGCUACGUGACUGUAGGAGAGGUGUGGGCAUUUGUGACCGGCUGGAACCUGCUGCUGUCCUAUGUUAUUGGAACGUCGAGUGUAGCGAAGGCCUGGACCGGGACCUUUGACGACCUGAUUGACAACAUUAUCGCUAAAACUCUGACGGAACACACACCCAUGGACUCACCUGGCUUGGCUCCAUACCCAGACUUCUUUGCUGCCGGGCUCAUUAUGUUAAUUGCAGUGAUACUUGCAUAUGGAGUGAAGGAGUCGGCGGUCCUGAACACGGUUUUUACUGCAGUGAAUGUAGCCAUUUUGUUUUUUAUCAUCAUCUCGGGCUUCAUUAAAGGAGACAUCAACAACUGGCGCAUCAGUCAGGAGACUAUCCUGAGCGCCACUCGACAAAUGGAGAACUUGACAUCAGCACAAAAUGAAACUGCUGACUUUGGUGUUGGUGGCUUCUUCCCCUUUGGUUUUGAUGGGACUUUGGCAGGAGCAGCAACAUGUUUCUACGCCUUUGUCGGCUUUGACUGCAUCGCCACAACAGGUGAGGAGGUGCAGAACCCCCAGAAGGCCAUACCUCUGGGGAUCGCCGCAUCCCUGCUAAUCUGCUUCUUGGCCUACUUCGGUGUGUCGGCUGCUCUGACACUCAUGAUGCCCUACUACCUGCUGGACUCUCACAGUCCUCUACCUGUAGCAUUUGAAUACGUUGGCUGGGAGCCUGCAAAGUACGCUGUGGCUGUGGGAUCUCUCUGCGCACUCUCAACAAGUCUCCUGGGAGUGAUGUUUCCAAUGCCUCGAGUGCUGUUUGCUAUGGCCAGAGAUGGCCUGCUCUUCAAGCCUCUUCGCUACAUGAGCUCCAGGCAGAGUCCUGUCUUAGCCACGCUGUCCUCAGGAGCUGUGGCCGCUUUCAUGGUUCUGUUAUUUGACCUAAAAGCGCUGGUUGACCUGAGCUCGAUUGGGACCAUCUUCGCCUACACUCUUGUUGCAGUGUGUAUUCUCAUAUUAAGGUACAAAGAAGACAGCGGUGUCGUCCACAGCUCAGAGCCGUUUACAGUGAUGGGACUGUUGAAGCCUCCGUCUCGACCCACUCACCGCACGUCUAAAAAUGUCAACAUAGUCAUCAUCGUGAUUUUGUUCCUGGUGAUCAUUUUAAGCGUGCUGUUGUCCGAAGGCGUGGAUUCCCUCCGCAGGAGAGAGCUGUGGAGCGUCCUGCUCACCACUGUCCUCAUGCUGACUCUGGUCCUCGCUGUUGUUGUUAUCUGGAGACAGCCACAGAGCAGCGCUAAAGCUGCUUUCAUGGUUCCCUGUCUACCUGUGAUUCCUGUUUUAAGUGUCUUCAUUAACACCUACCUGAUGGUUCAGCUGGGAGGAGAGACAUGGAUCAGCUACGCUAUAUGGAUGGCCGUGGGCAUGAUCAUCUACUUUGGCUACGGGGUUCGUCACAGUGUCCAGCAACAGAGACUCAAGGAGGCUCGCACUCUGCUGAAUAUUGCUACAUACCAGAGUGUGGUGGACACUUUUGUGGACUGGUGCGAGCUGCAGCUGUCACCUGUCAAAGAGCUGGUGGUGGAGAUCCAGGACUCCUGCUACUCCCGUUUCCAUUAG